AUGAAUUCAUCUCAGUCUUAUGGAGUAAAACGAAGCUUAUUUCCAGCAGAUAUUGGUAUCCAGGAUAGUCCAAAACAUCUAUUCUCUGCAAAUAAAUCAGCAUCUAGAAAUCAAACAUCAAAUAAUAAAAAAAAUAUUGAAGAUGAUAAUACUUUUAAAAAGUCAGUUAUUCAUCAACUUCUUACUCUAAAAUAUGAAAUGCGCUCAAUGGAUGAGAAAAUAAACAUAAUACUCAAAUUAGCAGAAGAUGAAAAAAUAUCAUCAAUAUCACAAGAAACUGCAACAUUUUCUCAAUUUUCACAAUUUGAUAAUGAAUUACCUAUCAAAACAUAUGAUGAAUUAAUUGAAAUAGAAAGUAAAAUAGCUAGAGACAAGACUUAUCGUUCAUAUUUUGUACAACGACUUUCCUCUGUUGGAGGAAAAUCUAUUGCAGCUAUGGUUAAACGGAUAAUGACUAUGGUAUUCAACCCAGAACUAUUAAUAACAUUUUCCUACAAUGGCCGUUGUAACAAAAAGCGAAAUUUUGCUGGCUUAUUAAUAAACAAAAUAAUUUUUGAGUCUGUAUUCAAAAUAAAAAAGUUUGCUGCUUCAGAUAACUCAACGAAUCAAAUAGAGCAAGUCAUCAAAUAUGUUUUAAUUCAAACACCAUUUAAAUUAAAAAGGCAAAAAGAAUCUACUAUUCAUACCACGACAGUUAUGGAACAAUCCUAA